AUUAUUUCGAAUUCAAUUCUUAAUCGAAAGACAUUAACUCUUGGAUAAAUAUAUAAGCAUAAUUUUUUAGUGUUUGUCAUCAUACUUAUAAAGUCAUAAUAGUUCAUUUAUCUAGUUUUCAAUCAUGUGAGUCUUCAAUUAUGCGAGGAUAAAUGUUUUUAAGAAAAACAAUUUUCAAAUGGUGGAUUAUGAACGGUCUUUACAUGAAGAUUCGUUAACCAAAACAAUAAAAAGAAAUAUGAACAAUAUAUUUAAUUCCAUAAUUUUAUAUAUUUAGACUAACUUGCAACUAAUGCUUGCUAUAUUUGAACUCACCCCCACCAAGCAUACUCAAAUUAUUUAUAUUAUGUCAUAUAUAAAAUAAUAUUCAAAAUACACAUGAAAGUAACUCUUUCUGAGAAAAUUUAUAUACACUUUUAAUCUUAUAAUAUACUGAACAAAUUUUCUUAGAUGGUAACAAACAGAAUUGAUAUCUAAAGGACAAAAAACUAUGCAUAAAGAAAAAAAAAAGCAUGCAAAGGGAAAACAUAGAAAAAAGAAUUUGAUGGAGAUUAAAUUGGAAGAAUGGAAUACUAAAAAACGGAAAUUGAGGGGGGCAGUUACCGCAGGAUCCCCCCCCCCCCCCCUCCCCCCUCUUUUCCUAGAGAAGAUAUGAUUGGCUAAUAGUGUAUGUUGAUGUGGAAAUGUAAAGAGAAGGGAAAUUUGAAUCCCAAAAACUUAAAAUGAGAAAAUCUUUAAUAUAGUCUUUAGACUUGAAAACAUUUUUCGAGGAAAAUAGUUUUUAAAGUAUUAGUUUUCGAAAAAAGCCCGUAAAAAUGAUUUAAAAAGUCCAUUUGAAGACAGGGAAAGUAAAAGACGAUUUGACAGCCAACCAAUAAAUGGCAGGAAAUCAAAAGGUUACGUUCGUUUGAUAAUAAAAGAAUAAUAAUAGUACUAAUAAUAAUAAUAAUAAAAUUUAUUAAUAAUUAAUACGUUAUGUGUAGAAAACGUAUUCUAUUCUGGCCAACCGUUGAUUCCGGUAAGGGCCAUUAAUUGAGGAGUAACGGAUUCCCCUGCUAGUUUCUCUCUUUCACUCUCUCUCUUCCCUAAUACCGGGAUCGACCCAAUUAGUCUCAUCUCCCAAACCCUAAACCCCCAGAGACCUCCGCCUUUGUUCUUCCCUCCAUCUCUCUAGGUUUUCUUUGUUCGUAUCAGAUCAAUAGCCGCCUUGAGAAUAAGAUGCAGUCGAGGAGAAGAUCUUUAAGACUUGAGAACACCAAAUCAAUGGUGAACAAUGGCGAUUCAACACCAUGUUCUGAUCCCGACGAGCGCUUCCCAAAACAAGAGUAUGAAGUAUCUGGGUAUGUACCUCGUCCUUUGUCUUUUGAUGACGAAGGCUAUCCUGAUGAUGAUUCUGAGUAUUCCGGAAAUAAGAGGCAGAGAGUAUAACCUUUUGAGCUGAUAAAUUCUUUGAUUAGAAGCUGCAUACAUUUUAGAUUCAUUCCUCAAGUAAUUAGUUCUUACAAUGCCUGGACCGCAUAUGAAGCUCUGAAUCACCGCUGAAAGCUAUGACAAGCCGAAUUACUUGGAUUAAUAGUGAAUCUGGCACGUUAAAUCAUCCUCCUACUUAGGAGAAUGAGCUCUUUGCUCUAAUUGAAGAUAAGAAGAUUGUAUCUGACCUAUGUCAGAUUCACUGGAACAGUUUUAUAGGUCUCGUAUAGUUGAUCCCCCCAUGGUGAAGAUAUGGUCUACCGCUAUGUUGGAGUUGAGCAGGAAAAAUUUGAUAUGCAUGCCACUAGUUGUUUGUUAUUUUGCACCAGUUUUAACGGAGCUGGAGCUUUUAGUCACCUCUAUGGUACGUACGAUUGGUGAGAAAUUUCCAGACUUGUUUACUUCACUUUCUCAACUACCAAACAACCAGUCUCGCUGUUCAUCUUGUCCCAAUCACCGGCGGACGUGGCAAGGACGCCGAGUAGAGGAAGUGGAGUGGACGAACGCAAUCUUUGCAGUAUGAGUUCUAAUCAAGAACCUGGAAACAAUGGAGGGGACGGACAUAGGUAGUUUUCUUUCUCGGUUUUCUCACUUCGUUUUUUGAAUCUAUUCGAGAAUUGACAAUCUAUGUGAUUUUGCGUAUAUCAAUCACCGUCGGACGUUGCAAGGACACCGCGCAGAAGCAAUGGAGAAGACGAACGCAACCUCUCCGGUACGAGUUCUGAUCAAGAACCUGGAAACAAUGGAGGGGAAGGACAGAGGUAGUUUUCUUUCUCGUUUUUCUCCCUUCGUUUUCAGAAUCUAUUCUCGAAUUGACAAUCUAUUUGAUUUUGCGUAUAUCACUCACCGUCGGACUUUGCAAGGACACCGCGCAGAAGCAGUGGAGAAGAUGAACGCAACCUCUCCAGUACAAGUUCUGUUCAAGAAUCUGGAAGCAAAGAUGGUCAAGGGGAGAGGUAGCAUCCCUUCGCCUUUUUCUCUCUUGUUCUUGGAAUUCAUUCGAGAAUGGAAAAUCUGUAUGAUAUUAUAUAUGUCAAUUUGUGAUUCAGUAACUUUUGCAUGCCUUGUUUUGGUAUUCGUCUCUUACUGGUUAUCAGGGUUUCUGCAAGUGAUACAUUAGGGUUUUGGUAAUCAAUUUUCGUUUGAUGGUGUCUGGAUUAAUUGAAGAAUGUCGGAUCUGUUUGAUGUUGUAUGUAAAUCUGUGAAUCAGUAACAUACUGUACUCUUGAUUUUAGGGUUUCUUAGAUGAUAGAGCUUGUGGAUAAGUUUUCUUUGGUUCUAUUUCUUCAUUCGGUAAAUUCUUUAGGAAUCUGAAUCAAUUACUCUUUUUUCACUGAUUUGCCAAUUUCAUGGUUUUUCGUAUUUAGGUCUGUUGGAACUGUGGAAGGGCAAAAUCUACAAUUUUUUCGAAUUUCAUAUGGUCAAAUGUCCUUGGCAUUUGAUUUGUUGGAAUCUGGCUUUCAAAGGUUGCCUUACCCCUAUUUUGGUUGUCAUGGUUCACACCAACUCGAACCAGAGUUUGGCGAACUUGAAGAAUCUGAGCUUUGCGUUAAGCUAUGUGGAUCAUUACAUUGGACAUGUAUUAGUUAUGCUAGUUCUUUGUCAUUUAUUAUUUCCAUUAGUGCAGCUUGUUGAUCCAACUUUUGUGCGUUUUGCAGAUUUGUCACAUUUAUUGAUAUUCAAACGAUCUGCAUAUUUUCGCAGAGUAAAUUCUGUUAGAUUACAUCUGCUUAAUGCAAGAGCAUACACUGCUAUAGAAAGGCACAUUUAUAUUAUGUCAUAUAUAAAAUAAUAUUCCAAAUACAUAUGAAAGUAACUCUUUCUGAGACAAUUUAUAUACACUUUUAAUCUUAUAAUAUACUAAACAAAGUUUCUUAGAAGGUAACAAACAAAAUUGAUAUCU